CGGGACCGGCUAUCCCCUUUAGAUGCGGACUGGGAAACCUGUAGGAAAUUCUCCCGCCGCGCUGCGAAGCCACCAUGAAUUCAGUGGCUGGAAAUAAGGAGAGGAUUGCGGUCACGCCUCGGAGCAAAAAAUACGGGGUGACCGACCCCUGCUCCCCCACCAAGCCCGCCGCCCCCUUCUCCCCCGAGAGCUGGUACCGGAAGGCGUACGAGGAGUCCCGGGCGGGGAGUCGCCCAGCCCCGGAGGGAGCCGGUUCUGCCCUGGGUUCCUCCGGCACCCCGUCCCCCGGCUCCGGCACCUCCUCGCCGGGUUCCUUCACCGGCUCGCCGGGACCCGCCUCGCCCGGCAUUGGCACCAGUUCCCCCGGAUCGCUGGGCGGCUCGCCGGGAUUCGGCACUGGCUCGCCGGGUUCCGGCAGCGGCGGCGGCUCCUCGCCGGGCUCCGACCGCGGCGUCUGGUGCGAGCACUGCAAUGCCCGCCUGGCGGAGCUGAAGAGGCAGGCGCUGAAGCUCCUCAUCCCCGGGCCCGUCAGCAGCAAGGACCCAGGUUUCUCUUCGGUGAUUCAUGACAAACUCCAGGUUCCCAAUACCAUUCGUAAGGCAUGGAACGAGAAGGACAACAGAUGUGACGUUUGUGCCACGCACCUGAACCAGCUGAAGCAAGAGGCCAUUCAGAUGGUGCUGACCUUAGAGCAAGCCGCCAACUCGGAACAUUACGAUGCCUCGCCAGGCUCUCCCCCACCUCUCUCCAAUAUCCCCACGUUAGUGAGUCCCCGGCACAUGGGCAGUCUGCAGCCCAGGGACUGGGCAUACGUGCCUGCUCAGUAUGCUACAUCUAAUUAUACAGGCUUUGUUGCCAACAAACACAGUGGAAAACCUAACAGUCUAGGAAUUGCCAAUGGCGUGGAGAAGAAAAAUGGCUCUCCUGGACACCAAGCCAAGGUCAGCUUUCAAAUGGCCACCAGCCCCAGCAACGGUAACGUUCUCAACUCUGUGGCUAUCCAGGCUCAUCAGUACCUUGACGGCACCUGGUCUUUGUCAAGAACAAACGGCAUCACUUUAUAUCCCUACCAAAUAUCUCAGCUUAUGACAGAGACUAGUCGAGAGGGCCUGACUGAAGCAGCAUUGAACCGCUACAAUGCAGAUAAACCCUCCAUGUACAGCUUCCCUGCUUCCCAGAGCACAUAUGUUGCCAGUGAAGUAUCCACAGGCACCUCGGUGGCAGCAUCAUUUUUUGCCAGAGCCGCACAGAAAUUGAACCUGUCUUCCAAAAAGAAGAAGCACAGGCCUUCUGCAUCAUCUGUUCCUGAAUCUCCUCUCUUCUCUACCAGUUUCAGCAGUAUUCUUCAGACUUCGCCACCCCCUGCACCACCAUGUUUGUUGAGGGCAGUCAGCAAAGUGAAAGACACCCCCGGUUUGGGCAAGGUCAAAGUCAUGGUGCGCAUUUCUUCCACGCUUGCCAGAGACACGUCUGAGUCCAGCUCUUUCUUAAAAGUUGACCCCCGUAAGAAGCAAAUCACGCUGUAUGACCCAUUGGCCUGUGGAGGUCAGAAUGUUUUCCAGAAAAGGGGCAACCAGGUUCCACCCAAGAUGUUUGCUUUUGAUGCAGUCUUCCCCCAAGAUGCAUCACAGGCUGAAGUAUGUGCUGGGACUGUGGCUGAGGUGAUCCAGUCUGUGGUCAAUGGGGCAGAUGGCUGUGUGUUCUGCUUUGGCCAUGCCAAGCUUGGGAAGUCAUACACCAUGAUUGGGAAGGAUGAUUCCAUGCAAAACCUCGGCAUAAUCCCUUGUGCCAUCUCCUGGCUCUUCAAGUUGAUUAAUGAACGCAAAGAGAAGACAGGAGCCCGCUUCUCUGUCCGAAUUUCUGCAGUGGAGGUGUGGGGGAAAGAAGAAAACCUGAGAGACCUGUUGUCAGAAGUAGCUACAGGCAGCCUGCAAGAUGGCCAGUCCCCAGGUGUCUACCUUUGUGAGGACCCCAUUUGUGGCAUGCAGCUUCAGAAUCAGAGCGAGCUCCGUGCCCCUACGGCAGAGAAGGCUGCCUUCUUCCUCGACGCCGCCAUCGCCUCGCGUCGCAGCAGCCAGCGGGACUGUGACGAGGAGGAUCACCGCAACUCCCACAUGCUCUUCACUCUGCACAUCUACCAGUACCGCAUGGAGAAGAGCGGCAAAGGCGGAAUGUCUGGAGGUCGCAGCCGCUUGCACCUUAUCGACCUGGGUAGCUGCGUGAAAGUGCUGAGCAAAAACCGGGAGGGAAGCUCUGGCCUCUGUCUCUCAUUGUCAGCACUAGGCAACGUCAUCCUUGCCCUGGUCAAUGGAAGCAAACACAUCCCGUACAAAGACAGCAAGCUCACCAUGUUGCUUCGAGAGUCCUUGGGGAAUAUGAACUGCCGCACCACAAUGAUAGCUCACAUUUCAGCCGCUGCGGGGAACUACGCUGAGACGCUGUCCACCAUCCAGAUUGCAUCAAGGGUUCUCAGGAUGAAGAAAAAGAAAACUAAGUACACAUCAAGUUCUUCUGGAGGAGAGAGCUCUUGUGAGGAGGGCAGGAUGCGGAGGCCAACUCAGCUGAGGCCUUUCCAUUCUAGAAAUACUGUUGACCCAGACUUCCCUAUUUUGCAUUUGUCAAGUGAUCCUGAUUAUUCAUCCAGCAGUGAGCAGUCGUGUGACACGGUGAUUUACGUUGGCCCCAAUGGCACUGCCCUUUCUGAUAAGGAACUGACUGAUAAUGAGGGUCCCCCUGACUUUGUUCCCAUAGUUCCUGCUCUGCAAAAGACCAAAAACGAGGGCAGGUUGGAGGAAGUUAGUGAAUCAGGGCCCAGCACAUCUGAAAGAGACUGCCUGAAGUGCAACACCUUUGCAGAGCUCCAGGAGAGGCUGGAUUGCAUAGAUGGCAGUGAAGAGACCGACAAAUUUCCCUUUGAAGAGAUGCCUGCUCAAUUUAGCUCAGACCAGAUGUCUAAGUGCUCUGUCUCAAGCCAGCUGGCAGAGCUUAGCCACUUACCAGAGUCAGAUAAGGAAGACACAAUGCCAGAAUGUCAGCAUCCUGAUAGAGAAGCCAAGGAAAAUAAAAAUGCAACACCCAGCAAAACUAAGAGAAAUCACUCCCCUGUUCCUUCCGGAGCUCUUACUAAUGUUUCAACUCCUUCUUCUCCCAGGAGUGUAACGGGCAGCUCUAGUAAAGAGCUUAGCUCUUGUCAGUUAGCACACAGCACCAGCUUGCAGAGCAGCAGAGAAAGUCUCAACAACUGUGGAUUUGUGGAAGGCAAACCUCGGCCAAUGGGUUCGCCCCGGCUUGGCAUUGCAAGCCUCUCGAAGACAUCUGAGUACAAGCCACCUACUUCUCCUUCCCAGAGGUGCAAGGUCUAUACACAGAAAGGAGUCCUGCCUGGCUCUGCUCCCCCACCAGCUCCCCUGAGUAAGGAUACUGGGAUGAUGUCUAGUGAAUCUUUAUUGCAGCCAGAAAUCCGGACCCCACCUGUAGGCAUGAGUCCUCAGAUCAUGAAGAAGACUGUGUCCUCCAGCAAUGAGGAUUUGGAAGAGACCAUUCUUGAUGAAGAUCGGCAACAAAGCAUUUCUCCAGAAUCCAAGAAGGAGAUUCUGAGCACCACCAUGGUGACUGUGCAGCAGCCAUUAGAGCUGAAUGGAGAGGAUGAGCUGGUGUUCACCCUUGUAGAAGAGCUAACUAUUAGUGGUGUCCUUGACAAUGGGCGUCCAACCAGUAUCAUCAGUUUUAACAGUGACUGCUCUGUGCAGGCUUUGGCUUCUGGGUCUAGGCCAGUCAGUAUUAUCAGCAGCAUAUCUGAAGACCUUGAAUGUUAUUCCAGUGCAGCUCCUGUGUCUGAAGUCAGCAUCACACAGUUCCUUCCACUUCCAAAGCUAGGCCUGGAUGACAAAUCCCAGGAUGAUGGCAGCAGGCGCUCAUCUAUAAGCUCAUGGUUGAGUGAAAUGAGCACAGGGAGUGAUGGUGAACAAUCGUGCCACAGCUUCAUAGCUCAGGCAUGCUAUGGGCAUGGGGAAGCAAUGGCAGAACCCCCUGUCUCUGAGUUUGCAAGCACCAUACAAAGUGCCAGCAUGAUUUGUGUAAGUGACAAACAGAAACCAGUGACUGACAACAUGCUUAUACUGUCAGAAAUGGGGGAGGAAGCUUUCGGCAAAGCACCACCCAUCAAAGGCUGUAAAAUAGCAGCUCUAGGGAAAACUACCGUCACAAUCAAAAACACCGCAAGCCUCAGCAGCUGUGAAGGCUACAUCCCAAUGAAGACAAACAUUACUGUAUAUCCAUGCAUUGCUGUUAAUCCCUUCAAAGCACAAGACACUGAUGAUGCUGUACCGGCAGUGACUGCAGACCCGAAGGUUGCUCAUCCCCAUGAUGGGAAAGAAUCCAGUGCUAAGAAGGAUAUCAAAUUUGAAGACCCUUGGCUGAAGAGAGAAGAAGAUGUAAAAAAGGACAGCUCUGGGAGCAGUGAUGGGCCAAGGCCUGACACGGCCGCAGUUUCAGCCAAGCCUGAGCACAGCACAAAGCAGCCUUCAGCAGACAGGUUUAGCAGCAGCAGCAGCAGCGGGGAUGCCUCUAUCUCCCCAGGAUCUGACAGUCUAAAGAGGAUUGUGGAUGGGUGUGAGGUGGCAGCGUCUGGCCCUGCAACCCAAAGCCCUGUUCAUUCCAGUGAUGGCUUGAAGAGCAGCAGCCUCCCUCGUGGGCUCCCGAAGGCAAGCAAGCUGGAGGAGCCUGACAGUCACCUCCAUCCUACUGCCGCUGACACCAGCGGAGUCGGCUCUCCUGCCCUCCCCCAGUUUUCUAAGACUAGCCUUGACAAGAAAAUGGCUUCUCCCAAACACUGUGUCCUCACUCGUCCCAAAGGGACCCCUCCUCUGCCACCGGUGAGAAAGUCAAGCUUGGAUCAGAAGAACAGAGCCAGCCCCCAGCACAGUGCAGCCAGCAGCACCACGAGCAGUCCCUCCAGCCAGCCCGGGUCCUUCCUGGCCAGCUUCCCUGAGGAGCUGAAUGCCAAACAGAAGGGCCCUGGCAUUGACAGCAGUGGCAACAACAGCAGCAGCAAGCUCUUCAGUGCCAAACUGGAGCAGCUCGCCAGCAGGACCAACUCCCUCGGGAGGUCCACAGGAAGCCACUAUGAGUGUUUGUCGCUGGAAAGAGCGGAAAGCUUGUCCUCUGUGAGUUCCAAAAUGAGCCCUGGCAAAGACACCACCAUGCCUAGGGCCGGAAGGAGCCUCAGCCGCAGCGUCAUGUCCUCACCUACCAACUCAGGCCUCUCCCAGUCAGCAGGUGCCUCCCUGAAAGCCAGCCAGUCAAAGAUCUCUGCGGUCAGCAAGCUCCUGCUGGCGAGUCCCAAGGCCCGCAGCCUGUCUGCCUCUGCCACCAAAACGCUCAGCUUCUCCACCAAGUCUCUGCCCCAGUCCGUUGGGCAGAGCUCCAGUUUGCCUCCAAGUGGGAAGAACAUGUCCUGGUCGACCCAGUCCCUCAGCAGAACCCGGGGCUCCAGCCUUGCUUCCAAAUUGCCUCUUCGGGCUGUCAACGGGCGGAUUUCAGAGCUGCUCCAAGGGAGCGCCAGUGCCAGAGGCUUACAACCGCGAGGAAGCUCAGAGGCAGACGAGCGUGGAGGCCUUCCCGGAGAUGAGAAGCCGGCUGUUCACAUGCUGCCUUCACCUUACAGCAAGAUCACCCCUCCUCGGAAACCUCACCGCUGCAGCAGUGGUCAUGGGAGCGACAACAGCAGUGUCCUGAGUGGGGAGCUGCCCCCCGCCAUGGGGAAAACAGCCCUCUUCUACCACAGCGGGGGGAGCAGCGGCUACGAGAGCAUGAUGAGGGACAGUGAGGCGACGGGGAGCGCCUCUUCAGCACAAGACUCCAUGAGUGAGAACAGCAGCUCUGCGAGUGGCAGGUGCCGAAGUCUCAAAAAUCCAAAGAAACGAUCAAAUGCAGGUUCACAGAGACGGAGGCUUAUUCCAGCUUUAUCACUUGAUACCACUUCCCCAGCAAGGAAGCCUGCCAACAGCCCUGGGGUCCGCUGGGUGGAUGGGCCCCUGCGAAGUGGGCAGAGGGGGCUGGGGGAGCCCUUUGAGAUCAAAGUCUAUGAGAUAGAUGAUGUGGAGAGGCUCCAGCGGCGACGAGGUGGGGACAGCAAGGAGGUGAUAUGUUUCAAUGCCAAGCUGAAAAUCCUGGAACAUCGCCAGCAGAGAAUUGCUGAGGUCAAGGCCAAGUAUGAGUGGUUAAUGAGAGAACUGGAGGUGACCAAACAGUACCUGAUGCUGGAUCCUAAUAAAUGGCUAAGUGAAUUUGAUCUGGAGCAGGUAUUUGAGCUGGAUUCUCUGGAAUACCUGGAGGCCCUGGAAUGUGUGACUGAGCGCUUGGAAAACCGUGUCAACUUCUGCAAGGCCCAUCUCAUGAUGAUCACCUGUUUUGACAUCACCUCUAGACGCCGAUAAAGUAUGAACCUCAACAGAAUUUCAGUGCGCAUCUCUGCCAUCCUCCUUUUCCCUUCUGAAUAGCAUCCCAAAGACAACAGAAUGAGGAUGAAGGUUGGAGUCAAGUCUCAACUGUGUGUAUGAGGAUUUGCAAUACUAUACAGAAGAGUAGUAUUAAAAAAAACAGGACGAGCAUGAAAAAUGGAGAUAUAAGGUUGUUGAUUCUCUUAGCCUAAAAGAGCACUUUGAGGAACCUUUAAGGACAUGUCUGUAAAUAAGAACUGCUGGCAGAAGACACUUCUUUCCCUGCGUUAGCUGAGGGAGGAGGAAAGAUGGUUGUAGGACUUCCAUUGAGAGGUUCAUUAAAAGAAAACCUAUCCAGAAAAACUGUUUAAGUGCCUUGCAAAUCUUUAUUAUCCAAACAUUUAUGUUCAUACUUUAUUGUGUACAGAUGGUGCUAGUCAAGAAAAGAAAAAGGAAAAAAACACACUUUUGAAAUGUAUUUACAGCUUGUUUUUCUCUUGGUGUUUUCUCCUAUUUCAGACUUGCUGUUUCUAAGUAACUUGUGUUUGUAGAGAUAUUUCCUAAUCAGUACAACAUAUGAAUAAAUGUUAACUGUCUUUUCUUGUUACCAGAGUAAGGCCACUCAAAGAGAAAGUCAGCUUUCCCAGAUGACACAAAAAAUAUUUCUAGCAGUGAGUAAGGUUUGUUUAUAUGUUCUUCUGAACUAUCUUAUAUGAUGGAGGACACAGUAAUUUUCCCAGCCUGUAGGUUCUGCACUGUAUGAGAGAGGAGAGGUGACAUUACCGUGGAGUAAAUAUCUUUUCCAUUUGAUCCAACCCCCAUAACCUGUUUUCUUUUUCAUGUAUUUUUAGCUUCGCACUGGCUAGAGUUAUGGAUGAGGAGGCACUUUUAUCCUAACACCUUUUUUCUGGUGCUAAUAACUUGCUGGAAAGUUAUUCUUUAGGUUGAGGGCUGCCAUGCUUAUCAGUCCAAAAAUGAAUGAUUUAUUCUGUCUUUCUUUCUUGAGACUGACUGAUAGAAUUUAGCUUCACCUAUUUUUGAUAUAUACCACUGCAAAACAUGUUUUUUUAUGACAGCCCAGUCUGUCCAUAGUCACAGUCGUACCUGAGAAGUGCAGACUCUGCUCAGCUCAGCACGUCUGGAAAUAAAUGGGAGUCAUGAGUGAGUGGACAUAGCACUUCAGGCACGUUGGCUAUGGCAUUUACCUUAUCAACCCUCCAGUAUUGAAGCCAUGGCAAAAUUCACAUUGACAUCAAAAGGAGCAGGGUCUGCACCUCAACACACAUCCAAAUGUUCUACUUGUUUGCCUCUUUAUCUACAAAACAGUAUGUGGGAAAGAACAUCCUUUGUGUUUCUUAAAGAAAUGUGUGAAAUCUGCAUUUUAAUUAUGUAUGUGCAUGAAGAAUUAUUUUGUCGAAUUAGGUUUCUUCAUCUAUAUUGAAAUAAGCCCAUUCACAAAAAUUCUUCUCACAUACAGUUGUGCUACUCUCUGGUUGCUUAUGAGAAAAUGAGAGCAUCAUUUAACAUAUACUCAAUAUGCAUCAAUUUACUGCUGUACUUAAAUGCAACUCUUCUUCUACCUGCACUGUCAUAUUAAUGCCAUCUUACAAUAUCCCAAGCAGCAAGUCCCAAUGGAAAAAUAACGCUACAAAAAUACUAAUAGAUUUUCUAGUGGUUAGUUAAAAAAAAAAGCUUUUUUUUAAAAAAAAAAGAAGAUAGAAAUAACAUUUGUAUAGUUUUAUUUUCUUUUAAUACUCUAAAAUUUGUAAUAACAAAUUUUAUUCAUUCUAUUAACCUUGUCACUGGAUUUUGUAGAAGAUCCUUCUUACAUUCUAUAGGAUUAUUUGGAAGGAAAAAAGGUCCUAUAUGAAAGUCGCUUUCUAGUCUGUUCCACAGCAUUUUCCUAUCAUGAAACGCAUAUUCCAAGUCAGUAUUAAAGACAUAGGUCUGAUCUCUCUCCCCUCCUCUCUCAAGGCAAAAAAACCCUCUGAAAAAAACCCCCAAACAAUGCAAUUAUCUAGCUUUGUUUCUCUUUGUAAUGAUUUCAGUAGCGUUUGUUAUGUAUUGGUUCUGUUGAGGGAUCUCUUUUCUGCAGAGCCCCAUGAAUUCAGUACAGCCCCAUAGAGCUACAGGAACCCCUCCUGCUGUUUUGUGCUGGAUGAAGACCUAGCACCCUUGGGAUAUGGGGUGCGUCUCUCUUUAUGGGCUCAGUCCCGCAGAGCCCCAGAUACGCGCUGCCAGGUCAUGUACGCACAGGAGAGAGGCUUUCACAGCCAGCUUCCAUCUCUCACUCUCCUGUAUCCGCAGGUAGCUCUGUACUGCUCUCACCUGUGGCGCUGCACUAAGCCCAUCUACCAGGCCAUGUAAGAACCCCCCUCCGCGAAGUUGUGCGCAUGAAAUUAAAUGUUGCCUUCUUUAAGCUUAAGCAUUUCUGAAAUAUAUGUUUGCUGGAAGGUGGUCAUUGCAUUGUCCUUGAAAACAAGCAGCCCAAAAUGCUCCCCUGCGGUGAGAUGGUAAAUGGCAAGCGGUACAGUAGAAGUAAACACACUUGACAGAAAGAAAGUGAAAUCCUAGCAAAUGGUGCAUGCAUGGAAUGCUUUAUUAUCAAGAGAUGCCCUCUCACAUAGCCUGGGACUUAUAUAGAAAUGGUGAUGUUUCUGUAAAUCAAGUGGACGCAUUUCAGAGCUAUUGUAAAAUAUCUAUUAUGUGUAUUAUUCCUCAGUAUCAUUAACUCAAUCAUUCAUUGUCUUUAGAUUUGAUACUUCUGUAGAUUAGGAAGCGCAGCAAAAAGCGCAUCUAUCUAGCCAUUGUUUUAAAAAGUAAGAGCAUAUGUUUGCUGCCUUUAUCACGAUAGACCAAAAUUGAUUCCUGAAACCAAAUGUAUUAUAUCAAGGAUGAAUUUGGCAUACUGAAAAUACCAACUGAGCAGAAUCACAGUCCUUACAAAUAUUUUAUUUCUGAGGACUUAAUUAGAGUGGCCAUUAACACUCCCAUCAUAUACUUGUAUUCAUAUCCUAAAAUCCAUACUCAUCUUCUCCUUUUUGACUUUCUGUCAGUGCAUUUCAAAAUUUGACACUCUAUUUUGGGGAAUUGUGGUGGCUUAAUGCAUAAGAGGGAAUGAAAAUUUGUGGAGAUUUGACAUCUGCACAAUGUUUUCUCAUUGAAAAUAGCUUUUUACUUCAGAAUUUAUAUUCUUAUAGUUCAAAUAUCUGCCAAACAUAUAAUUAAAAGCAUCAGGGCCUUAUUACCAAAUUGAUCUUAGUCUACGAUAGGCAGCACUUUACAGAAGACCCAUACACUUCUGCAAGUCAUCCAGGAAGUCCCAUUCUUUAGCAAUUGCCAGCAUAAUGCUGGUUUUAAUGUGAUUUUUUAAAAAGCUUCAAGUUGCCUAAAAUACUCAAGAGCAACGUGAAUGGACUGCUUAAUCAUUUGCAUAUUCAGAAAUCAAUCUUAUUUCCCUGGGACAGCUUUAGUAGGAAACAGCAAUGUUAAUGUAAUCAGGUUUGAAGGUUAAUUCUUUGUUCGCGUGUGUAACAGGAGAUCACAGUUCUUCAUUGUCGGGUGGCGUAAUGGCUGCAGACUACCACCACUGCUCCGCAGCCCCAGCGCUGCGCUCGGGCACGGGCAGCUGGGGCGGUUUGGGCUUCAUUCUGAGAACUCCUCCUCUUGGCAUAUGUGAACCUUGUUUAUGCAAGGGACAGAACUCACUUUAUAACCACAAAUUCAUGUGAAACAGUAGACUGGAGAGUUUGGCUGUGGUCUGAAUUCAGACAUCCCACUGGUCUGCAUGCGGUCUCGCAGCGGGCAGAAAGCCACGGGUCAGUCGCACACCCACCGAAUCCGGUGCGCUGGGUCACUUCCUAUCCUCAAGGGUGUGGGAGAGCCCCAAUUCCCGGUGUGUUUGUCAUAAUGACAGGCGCCAUUUGUCCUGCCGUGCAUGCCUUGCAUUUGCCUCAAAUUGAUUUCUUGUCAAUUCAUUCAGAUCUAGGCAAUCAGACGUAUUAUUUCACAGAAAGGCAAGGAAGCAAACCGAUACCCAGGCUCCCCCUUCUUAGCUCUUUACUGGGUAUGUUCUCAUCUCAUCUGUGCUGGUACAACUGAGGCACAAUUGUGUUAAAAGGAGAGUUAUAGCAGUGUAAAGCCAGUUGCAAGGAACAGGAAAAUUCAUCCACCUGCCAUUUCUGGGUAUUUACUGUGCUGCUAGUUUGAAGAAUAUGUUCCUCUUACCUGCUCGACACCCCCUCAUUUGCCCUGCACAGGGCUGUCACUGAACACCUGCUGGCUUCAAUCCAGUCUUGGAAGACUACCACCGCCAUACAACGUAACUUCUGAAACUUGCAGCUACAUAAAAUAGGAACUGGUAAAUGGCAAGGGCAUGAUCCUCUGACACAAAGCAAGCUAAGUGAGAGCUGCAGAUAAUGUACAGAAAAGGAUGAAAGGUACACACUGACAUUUUUUUCUUUCAUCUCUGAACAUAGCAAUUAUAGAGGCAGAAAGCUGGGAGUGAUGCUGGGAGUAAUGCACAUCAUGUCCAAGCUUGCUUACAGGAUAGACUCAGUCCAUCUUGAAGUGUUUCGUUUUUUGUUUUUUUUUUCAUUUAUCUCGAUAAUAUGGUUUUUCUUAAAAUAGCGACUGUUACCUGUGGCAUGGAAUUAAAAUUUUAUGACAGCUGAAGUGUCUGGACUCUUUAGCAAACAUUGCCUUUUACAAAUGUUUGUGAUUUUGUUGCACAUUUUCUUUCUGAGCUAGAAAUAAUCAUUAAAAUAAUAGAGGGUUGUAUAUACAUACAGAUGAAUGUAUACGUACACAGCCUGAGAGAGAGACGCUUCUGCCCCCAUUAUUGUGGGGAGGUGGCAUAGCUGUUCACAAAUUGCAACGACAUACUCUCCUUCCUCCUCCAAGGAAUACCUAUAAAACCUUUCUCAUUGCAUUCACCAAGAUGAAGCUGACUUAUGCAACACUAUUAGCAAAACUUAUGCUUGAAACACUUUCGAAGGUUUCUUUUAAAGCUUCUUUUCUUCCCCAUGUUCUUCAGACUACAAAGCCAAGUCGCUACAAUUCCCAUGGAGAGGCUGUUGUUGAAACGUUAAAGCCUGUAAAAGUAAUCCAAAUGAACUACUCUGUAUUUCAGGGUGUCAUGAAUUUAAGGCAAGAUAUCUUACAAUCAUGGCUCUUAAAUGCAACAAUUUCUGCAUAUGCAUGAGCCAUACAGCAUAGUUACAUCAAUUGAAAGCCUGGACUCUUAGCUCCCCAUGAGAUAAAGCUCUCUGUCUAGUCCUAAUAGUUAUAAAAUUGUGACUUUAAGCUUCUGCAUUGCGAAGUACUGCCUAAAGUAAAUAUGAUUCUCAUAAACCAGAGGUUGAGUGACCCUCUGAUGCCAGUUCAUAUGGGAGAGAUGGUUGCACAGCUACAGGGAUGCACCAGCUCGCUGCAGAGAUCAAAGUGUUCGUAUCACUAAAUACUGAUAGGAGGAGAUGAUGACCAUAUAGACAGGUGCUAUUUCUCAAAUCCACUGAUGAGCGACAUACCUUGCUUAAUCCUGAUGUCCUCACGGUCUUUGUUUUGUUACUCCAUAGGCUUUUGCAUUGGUGACACCCAGCAGUUUUUGGAGCCACAAGGCUGGCCGUCGCCAGCUAUUGCAAGAUUUGAAACAGGUUUCCAAAUAACUAUGGCAAACAAAACUGUGAAUGAUUUGUCAAUGCAAAGUUAAUAAUCUCUAUAUCUCUUGCAUUUAUUGUGUGCUCAUCCCAGGGUUAUCUGAGCUUCCAUACAUGCUCUUGGUAAUAAUAAAGCAUUUUAUUAUUGUCUUUAUCUUUUCUUCUUUCUCCUUCUCAAGCAAGCUUUCAAAAAAAAAAAAAAAAAAAAGAAAAGAGAAAGGAAAAGAAAAGAAAAGAAAAAAAAGAAAAAUCAGUUUCCCUUGAAAAUGUAGCACCCUUAUCCUAACCCCAUUGAAGUCAAUAUGGAUUUUGCCACCAGCUUCACUGGCAGCAGACUUGUGCUCACUUAUGCAACAUUUUGAAGGUCACAAAGGGCAUGAUGAUUCUGCAAAGAAUGGAGGGGCUGAAAGUGAAAUAGUAACAUUCAUCUAUAAUAUUUCAAACCACCUUCAAAAAAACCUCCUGGACAGGAAAUAAAACACAACCCAAACCAUCUUACUUUGAGUGGUCCUACUUAAGUAUUGAGCAAACUUUAUAAUAAUGGUAAUAAAAUGGUGCUUGAGGCAGUUUCAGCUAUAUUACAUAUUCUCUAUAUACUAUAGAUAUGGAUGUAUUCACCCUCUAUAUUGUAUAUGUAUGUGUGUAUUUACAUAUAGCACACAUACAUAUAAGUUUUAUGUAUGCAUAGAUACUAACUUUUUUAAGUUUCACUUCUUUCCCUCUCAUAGCUGAAACUGCUGGUUACUAACAUCCACAUCAUAUUCUAUGUAUGAAGGAUAUAAUUUAUUUGUAAACUCAGGAUGUUCUUGUUUUAUAGAGUUGCUUGUAUUUUAUAAUUUAUUUACACAUCAUGGUUGGAAAUGCUUAUCUAAGUGCUAUGCAUUGAAGUGUAUGUUUGCUAAAUCCAUUUCACUCUGUCCGUGGCUACGUUCUUUCUCAUUAUAACAGUGGUAUAAAAUAGGGCUAAGGAGGAGACAUACUGAUGGAUACAGAACUUACACUGGUCCCACGAGUGGGUAAUUCCAGAAGAGGAUGUAUCAGUAGUAGAUAUAUAUAUUUUAUCAACUAAAUUUUAUGAGGGAAAAAAAAAAGAAAAGAAAAAGAAAGAACAGCAUGAGGACCAGUUCAAAAUGUGGAAAGUCACAGCCAUUUCCAAGUCAGUCAACAAAUGCAUUGAGCCUUUUGCCAUUAAAAUUGUAAAGUUUAUUGUUUGCUGGCUAAAAAAAAUAUCUCUUUUGUGGUAUCUGAGGUGUGAAACAUUGUCAAAAAUAUGAUGUCUGGAAAAAAAAAUCAAACUAUAGUGGCAUUAAAUGUUUAC